AAAGGGUUAUAAGUGUUAAACGUGAAUUAUGUUUCAGUUACCGCUAUUUGGUAGUUUUUUUUAUGCUAACCCUGACUAAAAAUUCUGGCUCCGCCAUUAAAUGGUACCACUAAUUUUCCAUCACACAUAAAUACAACUUUACAUAAAAUAAUAGUUUUUUUUUUCUUCUAUGUUCCACAACAUUGUUUCUCCUAAAAUUUUGUGCAAAAGAAACGGGUAAAUUAAUAAAAACCGGAGAGAGUACUUGCUUAGUUACUAGUACUACCACAUGGUCAACACAUAUCCACACUGCCAAAAGACUACCUUAAACAACUCUAGAAAAUGAAUAAACAAUCCUCACAAGCUGUGUACAUACUCUUUUUUCAUAGCAAACUACUCCAUAUAGGGACCCAAAAAAUAUAUACCAACAAAACUUAGCUGAAAGCACGUCAAUACGCACCAAUCACCAUUACCCCACUCUUCAUUUCUCUAAACGUGAACACCAGUUCACAACAAAAUGAUCAAUGUCUUAAUCUAUUGAAUUUUUUAGCCUUUAGAAUCUCAAAUAAUCAGCUAUAAAAACCCAAAGAUCUCCUUGGUGUUUUUCACAAAACAAAAUUUUGAUACAAACUCUAGUACUUAAACUAAAAAAACUAGAGAAUGGCUUGCGCAAAAUCAUCGACAGUGGCACUAGCAUUUGGGCUCCUAGUGAUGACCCUUGUUAGCGAGUGCUAUGGGCAAUGCAGCGCCAAUUUUCGCGUAGGAUACUACCAAGACAAGUGUGAAAAAAUCGACGUCGAAGCCAUUGUUUUCUUCAUUGUUAAGAAGCAUUACAUGGAAGACAAAGAUACCAUUGCCGAUCUUGUUCGAUUGCAGUUCCAUGAUUGCUUCGUCAGGGGUUGUGAUGCCUCAAUUUUACUUGAUGGAGAAGAUGCUGAGAAAACUGCACGUCCAAAUUUAAGUGUUUCUGGGUUUGACAUCGUUGAAGAUGCUAAAGUUGCUCUAGAUAAAUAUUGCCCUGGAGUUGUCUCUUGUGCUGAUAUCAUUGUUCUUGCUGCCAGAGCUGCUACAUUCUUGGGUGGAGCAAACUGGUACAACGUAGAAACUGGAAGGAAAGAUGGUCGUAUUUCACUUGCAGAAGAUGCAAAGAAAUGGCUUCCAGGACCAAGGAUUCCAAUUCCUGCAGCCGUUGAAUUGUUUGCUGAUUUUGGACUUGACACCGAGGAUUUCGUUUAUCUUUUAGGUUGUCACACUGUCGGAACUGCACACUGUGCCAACUUCCAAGACCGUCUAUACAACUUCCGCGACAGUGGGAAACCAGACCCUACCGUGGCCCCAAAGAUGCUCUCUUCCCUACAGAAGACAUGCCCUCGCGACGCCGUCUCUAGCAAUGAAGCAUUCCUAGACCAAACUAAAGGAAGCGAGUUCAAAAUGGACAAUGCUUUCUUCAAGAGAAUUUUGGAAGGUGAAGGUGUUCUUGAGGUUGAUCAACAACUCGCUCUUCAUCCAUUGACAAGAAGCAUUGUUGUUAGAGCUGCUAAUGAUGAGAAUAUCUUCAAAGCUAAAAUUGGUCCAGCUAUGCGUAAAAUGGGAUUAAUUGGUGUUCUUACUGAAGGUGAAGUUAGAGUUGGAACUUGCAAAAAGGUUCUUUAAGAAGUUGUUCACAAUUAGCUUGAGUCUUUUAUUUACAUUCAUUUGAUAAUUACCUUAAUUAAUUACUUUGUUACUUACUCCCUUGUUGAAGGUUUGUUAUAUUUGUUGAAGUUUUAAUUUCACUUUGUUAUGUGUAUCCCAUGUUGGGAUUUGCUCUCUCAUGGUACGAGGGAUUAGAAGUUUUUAUGAGAAUUGUAUGUCGAUGAUUUUGCGCAUGCACACAGCAAGCUAACAAGUCACUGUUUGUCUGUUUGACAGUGUAAUAUUAAUAAACUUUAUAUUACUAUUUC